UUCCGGUUUAACUGUUGGAGCAAAGUUAGCUUAACGGCAACCAGAAGACGUAACGGCGAUUAUAAAAUGUCUAUAUUUUUUCAGCACCCCCUUGAUAGAGACAAAAGUUCCAUCAAAUGCACCAAAGCGUAUCUGAGAAGAGUUCCUACAGAUGCCUACGUUCGGCAGCGUCUGAGUCCUUGCUGCAUGACGUCACCGCGCCCGCUGCGUCGUGAUCGCGUACGCCUCCUAACAAGGAAGUCGUCGGUUUGUGUUGACGGAAUAAGACGCUUCAGCUAUGCUUCGGAUAAAAGCAGCAAUAAGUGGUCUGAAGAGCUGAACCCAGAGCGGCUUCCUGCGCCCCAGCCAGCCAGAGCCAUGGUGAGCUGCUGCCCCCGGCCCAGGCUCUGCUCCCGCUCCUCGGCCUACACGCUCGCUCUCGGCCUGGGCUUUGUUACCUUGGGGACGAGUCGCAUCGUGCUGCUCAAGUUCUCAGCAAACGCCGAAAACAAGUAUGACUUCCUCCCUGCAUCUGUGAACCUGCUCGCUGAAGCUCUGAAGCUGCUCUUCUGUCUGGUUAUGUCAGUCAGAGUGAUAGUCAGAGAGGGACGAUCAUGCAGAGAUCUGGGCUGCGCCUCCAGCUCCUCCUUCCUGAUCUCCCUGAAGUGGGCCGUUCCGGCGUUCCUCUACUUUCUGGACAACCUCAUCAUCUUCUAUGUGAUGACCUACCUGCAGCCGGCCAUGGCAGUGCUGUUCUCCAACUUUGUCAUCCUGACCACAGCUGUUCUCUUUAGACUUGUUUUAAAGAGACGCCUGUCCUGGGUUCAGUGGGCUUCUUUAGUUAUCCUCUUCCUGGCCAUCGUCUCCUUGACAACAGAAUCAGGGGGCAGCCAGAACUCCAUAGCAGUGCCAGGCCUUCACUCAAACCCGCUCUCCACCCCGUCCAACUCCUGCAUCCUCUACACCCAGCUCCUGGAGCAGAUGAAAAACAGCAGCGCCUCCGAGUCGUGGACGUCGUCUCUGCCCGGUCAGGCCUGGAGGGAGAGGGUGGUGGAGAAGCUGCAGUCGCUGGGUGUGGGUCAUGUCCUGCUGCUGCUGCAGUGCUUCAUUUCCGCCAUGGCCAACAUCUACAAUGAGAAGAUCCUGAAAGAGGGAGACCAGCUGACAGAGAGCAUCUUCAUUCAGAACAGCAAACUGUAUGUGUUUGGUGUGGUGUUCAACGCUCUGACUCUGGGGCUCAGCAGCGAGGCGAGAGGACUCACCAUCCACUGUGGCCUCCUGCAUGGACACAACGUCUACUCACUGGCCCUGGUGCUGGUCACUGCCGCUCUGGGCUUGUCUGUCGCCUUCAUCCUGAAGUUCAGAGACAACAUGUUCCACGUGCUGACGGGGCAGAUCACCACCGUUCUGGUCACCGGCUUCUCCCUCUUCCUGUUCGACUUCCGGCCGUCGCUGGACUUCUUCCUGCAGGCGCCCAUGGUCCUGCUGUCCAUCUUCAUCUACAACGCCAGCCGGCCCAGGGACCCCGAGUACAGCCUGCAGCAGGAGAAGCUGCGGGUCAUCAACGGAGAGGUGUCCGAGAGGUCCAGAGGGGACGGCGAGGAGCUGGAGCUCCUCACCAAAACCAACACAGACAGCGAGUCUGACGAAGACUCUCUGUAAAAAUCCCGAGUUCAGAGGAUAAACCACUGCUGAAGCUGAAGUCUGAACCUCGUCACCCGGCAGGAUCCGUCUGUUGCAUUUGAACUGAAUAACGGUGAGAAAUGGCGCUGAAGGAGAGGUUCUAAUUCACAUUCUGAAACGUGCCUGUUUGUGCAUGAAUGCUGCUGUUUGUGUUGGGACAGAGGAGUGACAAUAAAAAUAAAAAAUAAAAAUCUGACAGCACUUAACGAUCGUUAAGAGCUUUUCUGUGUAAAUAUUCCUGUAAUGCCUCCAGCUGUUGAGCCAAUCUCGAGCUGGGAUUGGGAUACUAUAAGACUUUGGACUUUUGACAUAUGGAAAGGUUAUUUGAUAAUCUCUGGUUUUAUCCUGUAACGUACAUUGUAGGCUUUAAUCAGUUCAUGCUGAAUCGAGUCACUUUUGGCUCUAUAGGGAAUCAAAAAAAGGGGGGAAAAAAGGGAAGCCAAAAACGGGAAGUUCUAUAUUUUUCAUCAGAUGGCCAUCUUGCUUUGUAUGCCGGCCUAAUGAAACCACGCCUCAUGUGGGUCUAAAUGUGAAGAAGUGAAAGCAACUUGGUGGAACAACAAGUUUGUCCCACUUUUUACAUUUUCUGUCUUGAGUUUUCUGAAUAAUCACCAUGUAUAUUGGGCUCAAAAGUGUGGAAUUUGGAUUUCUACUGCGUCAGGAUGGGGCAGUUUAAUUAGAAAUUAAGGACAAGCUGCCAAUUUCACUUUUCUUCCAGCAUUUGUUAUGCUGAGGCGAGUGAAUCUUUAUCAAUACAGACAUCAGAGAAUACUAUCGCUGCAACGAGUUGGACAAAAAAGAGCUUGUUUACCAAUAAAAGCACAAAAACAUCAAAUCUCUGUGUGCGAAUAUGUGGAGCAGACCUCCACGUUUACAUUUCAUGUAUAUUUAAUGCUGCGUCUGAUCUGAAAGCAUUGAAUGAACCGGCUUCAAAUCUGCUGCAGCUCGAUCAUUAAUGUUCAUUUGGUGGAUUAAAUGGUGAAAUUCUGUAAAAUGUAUCUUUCUCUUAACAUUGUUGAUGCCUUUGAAAUAUGUAUGCCAUUUAUUGUGAAAUGACUUUUUUUCUAUUAAAAGAAACUUGCUAAAGCACA